AUGCAUAGCUUUCUUCUUGUACCGUUUGAAACUGAUGAGCCGUCUCAAGCACUUUUCCAACGCAAGAAUGGACUCGCCGCGCUCGUCUUCAUCAUCAACGUGACCAAGAUCCUUCUUAACAAACCAAUCGCGGUGCUGCCCAAGAAAGCACCUUUCGGGCUACAGGCAUGCUACUUGUACACAUACCGCCAUGUGGCCGACGAGGUGUAUGGCGUCGUCGAGUACUAUCUACACGAGUUCCAUGACGAUAUGACUCUGUCGGCAGAAGAAUUUGGGUCGACCAAGCUUGACUAUGAAAUGUACUCUUUCAGCGGAAUGGGCUUUGAUAUCCGAACUUGUGUGUCUGGCAGCACAAAUUGCAUAGACUCGACACUGGUGCACGGCAUGGCGUUCGUUUCGGCGGCGUCCGCUGGCCUGGCGCCAAGAAUUGAGUCAUAUUAUGUCAUGGAGCUGGUAGAUAGCUCGACGCCUGGUACAGCUGGUAAACGAUCAGACGUGGGUGGUCUUUGCCAGCAACACGAUCCUGCUCGCUGGACUGGAAGAAUGCAAGCAGAGGGUGAGACAGUACGGGGUCUUCUGCAUGUCACGCUGUCCCAUCAAGUGGACGUCAUGAAUGGCGCUACGAUUGCAGAGCAAGGGUGCCACCGUACUGCAAUCGAGGACGCGUGGCAAGAUGAAUGGUCAAGUGACUACAUCGUCGUGCUGGAUUUUGUCGAAGCAGGUGAGGUGGGCUUUACCCGGCUACCAAGCUGA